AUGGCUCGCCUGAAAAAGACAUCUGCAAGCAUCGAUAAAGCUGUCAAACCCCGCCGAGCGCACCGCAAGUCUCGUAAUGGCUGUGGCGCCUGCAAGAAAAGACACAUGAAGUGUGACGAGUCUCAACCGAUCUGUCAAAAUUGCAACAUCACUGAUCGCGAAUGCAUCUACAUCAACAUUGGUCCACGGUCGCCUCCCCAAACCGCAUCAAGUUCAGGCACGCCUUCACCACUCGAUGCUCCCUCUUUUCUUCCUCUGUCGCCCCCAUCAUCACUCGCCACUGAUGCAUCUGUCGAUUUAGCCUUGUCGCCUCCCAGCGAUACGCUCGACAGAUGCGACUUGUUCGAUCUAAAUCACUUCACCCUUUAUCGUUAUCUUCUGACGAAUUUCGCCAUCAUAUCGAACGAUCCCGAUAAUGAAAAGGUUCUCUCUCUCACACUAGACUAUGCACUCAAAGCCCCCUACUUAAUGAACCAACUUCUCGCCCUUGCCGCUUUGCAUCUGAGCAAACCCCCGGCAAUGCAACAACCAUAUCACCAGCUUGCCAUGAGCCUCCAAACAAGGGCGUUGACGUCAUUCAACGAUAUUAGACAAGAAAUUUCGGAAGAAACAUGUGUACCAUUGUUUCUCUUUUCGUCUCUCGUCGGGAUUCAUAUCCUUUGCGACACUCUCCAAGGUCCAAGAGAGAAUUUUAGCGUCUUUCUCGACCGCUUCAUCAACUAUCUGUCCAUACAUCGGGGUGUUCGUCCCGUCACGAAACAGUCAUGGAACACAAUAAAGAAAUCGGGACUUGGACCUCUCAUUCAACAAAUUGAAGAGGCGUGUCCCGCAAUCGAGGGCGACAUGGAAUCGAUAGAGAUACUCAACAAAAUGAUCGAAUCAAACGCAUGCCCACCAACUGCUAGCAAGUACUACAACGCCGUAUUGAAACUGCAGCGGUCAUUUUCUCUUCACGCAGCGCUGAGAGGAUUUGCUGAAAAGGAGACAGCCAGAAGCACUGGUGAUCUUCGCCCAUUUUGCAGUCUUGUUGCAUUGGAAUCGGGAUUCAUGGAUUAUUGGUGA